UGUCAUAGUGGCAUAUUCAUAUUAAAAGUCUAUUCUUGAGUUGGGAUACGUAAAUUAUUGUUUCAUCGCUUCUUAAAUAUUUUGUACUACGCCCCUGCUUUAAAUACCAAAAGUCGCAAGAAGAUAAAGACGCAACGGUCACAUUAGCACGCUCUUGUAUUAUUUUCCUCGAUGCGAUUCUGACUUUAUUUUCGUAAAUUGUGAAAUAAACAUCCCAUCAAGAUGUCGCGCCACCGGAUAGUGCGCACGAUGGAUUACAACGACGAGUACGAUGGCUAUGACGACGUCUACGGCCACUCGGUGGAAGAUGAGCACUGCAUUUCCCCCACGGAUGCCCAGCACUGGCUCUACGAUCGUGCCCGUGGCCAACAAAGCAUCUCGGCCUUCCUGAGCAAGAACAAAAACAUUGAGGAAGAGGACCCUGACGAGGAGGAUGAGGACGCUUCUUUUGAAAAGGCGCGGCGGGACUCUGAAAGCUUCCAAAUGCCGCAGCUGAACGAGAUUGACCAGGCCAAGCUGAGUUCUUGCGUGGAUGAGGUGCGCAGCGUAGUGGGAGAUGCUGUUUCCGAGCGCCGAAUAGUGGAGACGUCCAUGAAGUUUGACUACGACAUGCAGAAGAUCCUAGAUGAGAUUCUCAAUGAGGAAACCAAGAAGAAGCCGACUAAAAAGACACCAUCCACUCCCGUGCUACCAUUAAGUGCAGCCAAAUCUUCCAGCAAAGCGGCACCUACACCACCACCGAAAAUCAGUCUGAAAGAGCCCAGGAGAGGCUUCGAAAUCGCCUCUCCGAAAGUGCCCUCUUCGCCGGUGGUGUCUGGACGGAAUACUCCCGUGGACGGGGACGACCUUAAUCGAACUCCGGCCACUAUUUUUAAAGUCUCCAAGGACCAGGCCCAGAGAAAUGCACGCCAGCUGUAUGAAAAGGAGCGAUCCGACCAGAAAAGUCAUAUACACAUGAUUGUCAUUGGCCACGUAGAUGCUGGAAAGAGCACCCUUAUGGGCCAUCUUCUCUUCGACACCGGCAAUGUUUCCCAACGCGUGAUGCACAAACACGAACAGGAGUCCAAGAAGCUGGGCAAGCAGAGCUUCAUGUAUGCCUGGGUUCUGGACGAAACGGGCGAAGAAAGGGCUCGAGGAAUCACGAUGGACGUGGGCCAGUCCCGAAUCGAAACAACUUCAAAGAUUGUGACUCUAUUGGAUGCGCCUGGGCACAAGGACUUUAUACCGAAUAUGAUCUCGGGCGCAACACAGGCGGACGUGGCUCUCCUCGUCGUAGAUGCCACGCGAGGUGAAUUCGAGUCUGGCUUUGAACUUGGUGGGCAGACCAGAGAACAUGCUAUUUUGGUGCGAUCGUUGGGAGUCAACCAGCUGGGCGUGGUAAUCAACAAACUGGACACCGUGGGCUGGUCACAAGAGCGCUUCACGGAGAUUGUCACCAAACUGAAGUCUUUCCUCAAGCAAGCUGGCUUUAAAGAGUCGGACGUGACCUUUACACCAUGCUCAGGACUUACUGGAGAGAAUCUCACCAAGAAGGCGCAGGAAUCGGCACUGACCAGCUGGUACAGUGGCCCACACCUCCUGGAUGUUAUUGACAAUUUCAAGGUCCCCGAACGCGCUAUUGAUAGACCUUUGCGCAUGUCCGUUUCCGAUAUCUACAAGGGCACCGGAUCAGGAUUCUGCAUUUCUGGAAGGGUGGAAACUGGAGUACUUUGCGUAAACGAUAAAGUUUUAGUGGGAGCCAGCCGGGAGCAGGCUCAAGUGAAAUCCAUCACAAUGGACGAGUUUCCCCAGACGAGUGUUUUUGCCGGAGAUCAGGUAUCUGUUACUCUCGCCGGUGUGGACAUCAACAACGUUACCGUAGGCUGCAUCAUCUGUGAUCCACAAACACCUAUUCCAGUGACCCUUCGUUUCCAAGCCCGCAUCAUCGUUUUCAACGUUAAGGUCCCGAUCACGAUGGGAUUUCCCGUGCUUCUGCACCACCAAUCCCUGAUAGAACCAGCCGUAGUGUGCAAACUGACAGCUUUGAUUCACAAGAGUACGGGCGAGGUGGUCAAGAAGAAGCCCCGCUGUCUGGGAAACAACUCCUGCGCGUUGGUAGAACUGGAAACGAGCCGACCAAUCUGCAUCGAGCGCUAUGCAGACUUCAAGGAAUUGGGACGAGUCAUGCUGCGUGUGGCCGGGGUUACCAUCGCCGCUGGAAUGGUGACCAAGAUUCGUUAAGGUGCCAACCCGCUGAAUUUUUGUACGAAAUUUUAGUUAGACUUUCAUUCUGUUGUUUUGCUAAAUAUAGUUAUGUGAAUUGAUAAAA